AUGGUAUCGACUCGAGACCUGGGACUUGUACCUUAUUUGGAAAACCUUGUUUCAAUCAAGAAGGCUUCUCAAUUCUUUCAUAUCAAAACCCAUUGUUUAUUUAACAAGUCUGAUCUUUAUUUGAAUUUAAACAAAAAAUUUUUCCAAUCUAAGGAGUUUUUACAACAUUUCAAAAUCCCAUCAACUUUCAAAGAAAGUUUCAUAAAUGAUAAUUUAGCACAUCAUGAGUUUAAUCAAAAUUAUUCAAUUUCUGCAUAUUUGAACCAUUUGGUUGAUGUUUACUCAAAUGAAAGAGACCCAGAAGCAUAUUUAAAGAAGAAUCAAAUUGAUUUCCAUUGGGGUGAUUGGGUCGAUUUAGCUCCUGCAAACCCAUUUGUUAAAAGUUAUGAUGAUUUCUUAACAAAGUUUGGUAAUAAUGAAACUGAAAUGUAUUUGUUUAUGAAAAAAACAUGUUAUGAUAAAUUAUAUGACGUUAAAGAUUCUUGGUUAGAUGGUGAAACUUUCAACCAGAAAUUAUUUGUUACUGAACACUUACAAUCAAUUGGUAUUUGCUCUGCUAUUUUUAAGUACUAUUAUGCUACAAUUCCAGAAAAAGUUGUUAUUGAAACUGACUUCAAAUAUUUUGAAAUGCCUGUUAACCAACACCGUAAAAAAGAUCCAUUUGGAGUAGAUGGUUUAUCCAAGAUUUACUACAACAUUGAUAAGGUUUCAUCAAAACAAAUUGCAAACUUCAAUCCAAAUGAUCGUGUUACUUUAGUUGACAAAUUGAAAACUACAUAUUUUGAUAAAGGCUUCAAUGCUGAAGAUCUCAAAUUGAAACCAAUUUUAGAUCAAAGUCCAGAUGAUUUCAAACAACCAGAUGUCCCAGAAUUGAUUAAAAAAUAUGAAGCUAUUCCAAAUCCAACAAGAGAAGAAUCAAAAUAUUUAAAUUUCUUGAAAUAUUCAAAUGCUGAAGUUGGUAAUGCUAAUAAGUUCUAUUUCAUUUUCCCUUGGAUUCAGAUUGAUUCAAAAGCCGAACUACAUCAUUAUAAUUUCCCUUGGAUCAAACAAAUCAUUUCACAUGAAGAACGUAUUCAAGUUGUUCAUCAUCUAAUUAGAUCAUGGUUCAAAUAUGCCGAACAUGCUCAAAUCAUAUCUUGGUUCAAUUAUGGUAAUUUGAUUGGAUGGUAUUUCAACGCUCAAAAUUUACCAUGGGAUAAUGAUGUUGAUGUUCAAGUUUCCAUUAAAGAUAUCGAUAAAAUUGGUCGUUAUCAUAAUAAUACCCUAGUUGUGGAAAACCCAAAGAAUGGUGAUCAUAUCUUUUGGAUUCAAACAAAUCCUUUCUAUUUACAACAAAAUAAUGCUCAAUUCAUCGAUGCCAGAUAUAUUGAUGUUAAAACUGGUAUUUACAUUGAUAUUUCUGCACUAUGGGAAACAAAUAUCCCAUUACCUCAUAAUUUCAAACCAAAGGAAGGUGAAAUUGCCAUUCAUUGUAAGCAUUAUAAUUGGUUUUCAUUUAGUGAUAUUUUCCCAUUAAGAAGAACAAUUUAUGAAGGUGCUCAAGCAUAUAUGCCAAAUGGUAUUGAACCAAUUUUGAAAAGAUUUUAUGGUGAUAAAGCCAUGAAUAAUUGGAAUAUUUUUGAUCAUAAUUGGCAACCAGAUAUUGGAUUAUGGGUUCCUAAUCAAGUUUGUGAAAACGCAAUGAUCCCUGCAACUGAAACAAGAUUUGAUGAAGAUGGUCAAUUAACUUUAUAUGGUGCCUGUAAUAAUACUGAAUUGUUGCAUGAAUGGAAAGCUGCUAAAAAAACUCAUCAAAAUCAUUUAAAAGAGCAUGAAGCUAUCAGAAACGGUGAAGAUAGUUCCAAAUUUAGUGAAGUUGAUUUCCCAGUCUUUAGAGAAUUCAACUAUGAAGAGUAUAGAUGA